UCAUGUGGGACAUGCUUUCUCCUUCUUAAAUUUCUCUCUCAACCUUCAUGAUCAUCCAAAUCCUCUAAAAUACAUCGGCUUUAACAAAAUACGUUAUCAAACUAGCCGUAAAUAUAUGGAUCUCCCACCCAAUAUGGAUGCUUUGCUUUGUGAUGAGGAUUGGCUCUCGUGUUCAACUGAGACUCGUGACGAAAACUACCACCGUGCAAUGAAGCAUGGUGGUUUUGAUAAAAGCAUCACGAGUUCAGUUUGUUUAACUAUUACGAUGAAGGAAGAUGACGAGCGGGCCGUGUCGGUCUGCAUGGAGAAGGAGAUGAGUUACAUGCCUGAACCUUAUUAUAAGGAGUUUCUUGAAAGUAAAAAUCUUGUUUUUGUGAGGCUUAGAUGUAUUCAAUGGAUUAUUAAGUGUAGAAGUCGAUGGGAUUUCUCCCAUGAAACUGUUUUUCUUGCUGCAAAUUACCUCGAUCGCUUCAUAUCUAAGAACAGAUGCAAAGAAUGGAAGGAUUGGAUGGUUGAUUUAUUGGCUAUUGCAUGCUUAUCCGUAGCCUCCAAGUUCCAUGAGACCUAUCCUCCAACUUUAACUGAAAUUCAGAUGGAGGAUUGUUGUAUGGAUCACGAUCAUGUGUUUAAACCAAGUUGCAUUGAAAGAAUGGAGAUGAUAUUAUUAGAGGGAUUGGAAUGGCAUUUGUGGUAUCCAACACCUUAUUAUUACAUCCAACUUUUGGGUUUGAAAUUGGAGUGUUUUUCCAUUGAAGAAGCUCAUCAAGAUCAAGAAGAAGAAGCUAAUGCUAAUGAUGUUUUGAUGGUGAAGAUCAAAGAGUUUGUUGUUGGAGCUUUGUUAGAUUAUAGAGCCAUCCAUUUCAAACCAAGUCUUAUUGCUCUCUCUUCAAUUUGCUGCUCUUUAGAUUUGAUUCCUCCAAUCAUCAACUCUCAAUCUUCUAUAUCAUAUUUUAUGGGCCUCUUCAAUCAACAUCAUAAGGAUGAGAUGAUGAAAUGUCGAGGCAUCAUGGAAGCUGUGCAUUCUUCUUCUUCUUGCUGCCCUCAAAGCCCUACUUCAGUAUUGAUGAAGGAACAAUAGCAACAACCAUACGCUAUCAUUUCUUUAUAUUAAUAAUCUCAACUUCUCAUUUUAUAGUCAUUUUGUUUUUAGUUUCGUAUUUUCAAACUUUAUGUUUA